AUGCAUUAUAGCGCUUGCCCUUGGCUUGACGAUUUUUACCAAAGUCAGUUGUUACGUCGUAAUUUCAAUUCAAUGGGAAAUUAUUUUGACACUCACUGUGGAAUAAAUGGAUGGGCAUUGGCUGGGAUAUUCUCUCUUCUAUCCUGUGGUCUGUUUGUAAGCGAUGGUUUAAUCUCCGCAUUUUUCCGGCAUGAAGAUUCUCACAAUAAUAAUAUGGAAAAACCUGAAGCUGUUUAAUUAUUAUUAGCGAGGCUUGGAUUUAUAGGCACUAAGACGCGCGAACUGAUAAUCACUGAGAAAUGCCUAUCUGACUACUUAAUAAAUUCUGUGUGUCGAAUAGGAUUGUUCCCUGACAGGGGGGGGGGGGGGCCACUGGAAAAAUUUUAGGGGAGUCGCGGCCACGUUAGAUCGGGUUGGGCCUUUUCAAGAAAAGUCUAAACGGAGUACAACUCUAGUGCGAAUA